AUGUAUCGAGUGAUUGUGAAGCGCAUUCAACGCGCUAGAUAUGAACAAGGCUUGUUAGCAUUGGCACGUGCAUAUGUUGGGUAUGAUAUUUACUUUCCAGCAUUGAUUUAUUUUAGAGGGCGCAUCUAUCGUGCAGGAAUACUACACUUUCACGAGCGGGACUUUGCUAAAUGUCUAAUAUCUUUUCCUAUUGGUAGUGGUGAUGUUAAGUUCACAGGAAAAGAAGACAAGGAAGAAGCUACUACUUAUAUGAUUGAGCAAGCUGUGGGUUUCCAUCAUCAUUUGGCUUUGCCCUUCCUCCUCGUUUUUCUUUGA